ACCGACAAAAGUUUGCCGAUAUUUUGUUUAUUAACACAAAUAUACACAUAAUAUGCCACACAAUCAAUGAUUUUAUUAAACACUUUAGUAGACUAUUGUUGUGUUAAUUGUUAUUAAUAAUUGAAUAAUUAGUUAAUUAUGUUAUUGAAUGCAAUGUAUAAUUCAAUUGUUUUAUAUUUAUUAGUCAUUAUAGCGGAUAUCGAGUCCAUGACUGAAGUGCUCAGACCUCGUGGAGUAUCACUUGAUAAGAAAAUCUUUUACGACGCGAACAAAGACUUUCAAUGUCUGGACGGCUCGGCUUCGGUGCCAUUCAUGUUAGUCAACGACGACUAUUGCGACUGCGAUGACGGCAGUGAUGAGCCGGGAACUAAUGCCUGUCCUAAUGGACACUUCUAUUGCUCUAAUCUCGGAUACAUUGAACGGAUAGUCCCUUCCUCUAGAGUUAAUGAUGGCAUUUGUGACUGUUGCGAUGCAAGCGAUGAAUACAAUAGUUCGGCAAAGUGUCCAAACAAUUGUCUCCAAAUGGGUGAACAGUUACGACAGGAAAGGGAACAACAUUUGAUACUUCUUAAGGAAGGAAAUGCCAUUCGAGAAAAAUAUGUCGAAGAAUCGAAACAGACUAAAGAGAACUCGAAACAUGAGUUGGAAGAAUUGAAUCGUCAAAAAUUGCAAUUAGAAGAAGAAAAGAAUGCUAAAGAAGCGAUAAAACGGGACGCAGAGGAUAGAGAAAAGGCAGCACUCGAUGUCUAUAAAGAAGCCGAAGACAAAAUCAAGAAAGAGAAAGAAGAAGAAGAUUUAAAACGCCAACAGGAAGACGAAAUACGUUUCGCAGAACAAGCGUUCAAAGAGAUGGAUCUCAACAAAGAUAAUAUUCUUUCCUAUACUGAAGUCCAACAAUUUAUCAAAUUCGACAAAGACGGCGACGGAACUGUUUCUGAUGACGAGGCAAAGUUCUUCAUUCACGCCGCAGAAGAGAUGGGUCUCGAAGAGUUCAUAGAGUCGGGUUGGGUUAUAAUGAAACCAUUUUAUAUGAAAGAUAAAACAUUACAAGACUUCCAAACACAAGAACAAUCCGUUCCCUCUGAAUCUGAAUCAGUUCCUAUUCCUCCAAUUGAUACUAACACAGAAACAGAGCAUGAAUCAGAAACACCUGAUGAAACUGAACCUACGACUGAAGAAGAUGAAGACGAAGAUGAAGGACCGCCGCCUUUCUUUCCACCUAAAGAUGCAGAACCUGAGGCAUCGACAACAGAGGCGGGCACUGAAUAUGAUGACGAAACCAAGCGAUUGAUAGAAAAUGCUAAACAAGCGCGGGAUGAGUAUUCAGAAGUCGAGGGCAAGUUUCUGGACAUUCAAAAUAAGAUACGAGAGAUUGAAGUGUUAUUCGAGACUGACUUCGGACCAAAUGAUGAGUUUAUGGCACUGAAGAAUCAGUGUUUUGAGUUAACAGAUCUCGAAUAUACGUACAAAUUUUGUCCAUUUGAUAGCGCAUCUCAAAGACCUAAAAAUGGUGGCACCGAAACUAGUUUAGGCCGUUGGGGUAAAUGGAUUGGAGAUGACAACAAUAAGUACCGAAAAAUGUUGUUUGAAGGGGGGGCUCAAUGUUGGAAUGGACCGGUCAGGACUGUUACCGUUAACUUGUCGUGUGGUACAAGCAAUGAAGUGAUUGCCUCAUCCGAGCCCUCCCGAUGCGAGUAUGCGUUUGAAUUUAAAACACCAGCCGUUUGCUGGACUCAACAACACUCAGAUGAUGAACGACACGUGCAUUCAGAACUCUAAUGACUUGUUUUAAUGUUUUUGUUUUAAAGAAAAAAUAGAAAAACCUUUUUACUAAUUAGUUAAUACAUUAAAACAUUUGGAUAUAAUGUUUACUGGAAUUACAUUUA